AUGCGCUUCUCUUUGGCUACCGCCGCCCUCGUCGCGGCCGUUCCCGCCCUUGCUGCCGACGCUGCUGCCGAUGGUCCUCUUGGCCAGUACAAGGCCCAGUUUCAAAACUUCCUCGGCAAGUUCACUGGCUCCGUCGCCGACUCGGCCGUUGUUCAAGACGGCCCCGUCGCUGCCGCCGAGGCCAAGGUUGGCGAGAUUACGACGUCCCAUUUGACCCUCGAGAACUGGAAGGAGACCCUUUACGCCCCCGUUAAGGCGGGCUCUGAGAUCCCCGAGGAGUGGUGGGUGCUCAUCACUGGUCGCAACAAGACCUGCUUUGGCCAAUGUGAAAAGAUCGAGAAGGCUUUCAACGAGUCCGCCGGCCGAUUCGCCGUCACCCCCAAGGCUCCUCACAUGGCUAUCCUCAACUGCGAAGACGAGCGUGUCCUGUGCAACUCGUGGUCCGCUGGUGUCGGCGCCAUCUGGGCCUUUGAUAUGCUCCCCGAACCUGCUCCCAUUGACAUUUACAAGAGACGCCUCAACAUGACCACCACCACCGCCGACGACCUCGUCACUCUCCACGCCGACGGCAGGAAGUCUUUUGAGCUUCUCGACUCGUGGUUCCACCCCUUCAACGGCAAGAUUGCUGAGCUUGGCCUGUCUCUGCCAGUUGGUUACGCCUUUUGGGCUUUCAGCCUCGUUCCCAACUGGGCUUUCAUGCUCAUUGUCUCCAUGCUUAGCCGCACCAUGAUGGGUAACCGCAUGCAGCCUCAGCAGCGCCGUGCUGAGGCCGCUCCCGCUGCUGGUGCGCAAUGA